CUUACCGGCAAGGCAAGGAUUGAGUUCAAACUCUCUUGGGAUAGCAUUGACCCACACACAUAAUUUGUUUAGAGGUCUAGUUGAUUCGACGCGUUGGUGCAGCCGAUCUCACUGACCGUAUCCGCCUGUUCACCUUGCGACUUCUUUGAACGCUAGCUCUACUAAGCUUGCUGCUUCCAAUAAUUCAAUUCACAGACAGCAAGGCUUCCCCAUUCUGACCAACCUUCAACGGAUAUCAACCAUGUGGCCUUCCAUCCCAGCGUUCAGAAGCUUUGGAAACAUAGCAUGUCCAUCGGGUGCUAAGUGCGAACUUCCAUAUUGUAUCUUCGAUCAUAAUGCUGCAAAGACACCGACCGCGCAAUCUGUUUUGGCCAACAAUUCGGUUUUAGACAGAGAGCCAGACAUAAAACGCCAGAAACUCAAUGAUGGCACAAAGGAAGUGGUCUCACAUGCCGAUCGAAGACAAGCUCAGACACCACCCAGAUCAGUCUUUGUCGGAUCAAUUAUACCCACAACCAAGAUCCCAGCAGCAAACAAGGAAACCCUUAUCCCCAGGGUUAUCCCUCCAAAGGCACCGUUAGACAGCAAAGUCAACGACGCGCUCCCACGCUCUGCAACUCGACCGGUAUCACCACCUAUAUCUGCAGCAGCCGCAGUAAAAGCUGCUUCAAAGCCCGAUGUUCCAGUUGCUUUGAUGCCACGGAAACUGACCAAGGAACCCACAUCGUUCACUAAGAGGUUGGCAUUACUCAAGGCUCUACAUGGCUAUAUGAAGCCUCUUAACGACAAAAUCGCGAAGGCAGUCAAACCAGAGAUUAAAGCGCUGCAUUUGAGUCCGAACCAGCUCAACAAGUUGGCAGUGGAUGAAGAAGACCAAUUGGCUAGAGACAACCCCUCAGUGUACGAGAACAUACUGAAGCAGCGUCUGGUUAAGCUCAAAUCCAUGACACCCGAAGAAUGGGUCAAGGGCAGGAGGGAAGCCCUAGCAAAAGAGCGAGGAGAUCCACCGAAAAAAGCACCACCCAAAAAAGUCGAUACUGGCCUCAGCGCAAAAGAGGAAGUUACCUUUCUUUCAACGCUCACAUGUCCGCAGAAUGGACUGGACGCUCACGGAUAUGUCACCAAGCUGCCAAGUCAGGAAGAACUGGACGAGGCGCGUGCUGUACAGACUGCAGCAGACUUUUGGGAAGUGUGCGACCGUUGCGCCACUCGCUUUCAAGUGUUUCCUGAACGCAGAGAGGAAGACGGUGCGCUUACAACUGGGGGACAAUGCAGACAUCACUGGGGAAAGCGCAUCUUCCCGAAAAAGUCGAAGAACGCUGCUCCUGAACCGACAAGGUUAACAUGCUGCAAUGAGCCACUGGGAUCACCGGGGUGUACCACUCAUGAGACUCAUGUUUACAAUAUCAAAGACGCGAAGCGGCUGUCACUCAUGAUGCCGUUCAUACAAACGCCUGAGAAUGACAAGGCUCCGCCAGACACUGCAGUGUGCUUCGACUGCGAAAUGGGCUACACUACGAACGGUCUCGAGCUUCUUCGUCUUACCGUAAUAUCAUGGCCAACUCACAAGGCCCUUGUCGAUGUUCUGGUGCGCCCUCUUGGACAUUUACUAGAUGUCAAUACCCGAUUCUCCGGCGUCUCUGCGGAACAGUUCGUCAACGCGAAGCCCUACGACUCGGCAAACCCAAAACCUGUGCGCAAUGACCUCCGUAUCGUCGAAUCACCGUACGUGGCACGAGAUCUCUUCCUAUCUCACGUAUCACCUACCACUCCCGUCCUCGGCCACGCCCUCGAGAACGAUUUAAACACCAUUCGCCUGAUUCACCCAACAAUCGUUGAUACAGUGCUACUCUACCCGCACCGCCAAGGUCUUCCCAUGCGUCAUGGCCUACGAUUUCUCGCAAAAUCCAACCUGGGAAUCGAAAUCCAACAGGGCGGAGCUGCGGGACAUGAUAGCUUCGAAGAUGCGAGAACGACCGGUGAGCUCAUACGUCAUAAGAUUGCAGAGAAAUGGAAGGUCAUGAAGAGCGAUGGCUGGGUGAUUCAUGACGAUGGGGUGCUCCCGCCGAUGCCGACCGCUACUCCGCCUCCCCAGGCGCCCCCGGCUCCGUCUAUGGUUCCUCCGUCUACCACUGACGUGCUUGGGGGUAAGCCAGUGGAGAAGCGGAAGUUUGAGGAUGUUGAAGAGGAGACGGACGAUGGGCCGCUGGCCAAGAAGCAUGUGUAGUCUAGAUGUGAAUUCUGGGUUUGCGGAUCACAGUGCAAUAUUGAUAUAGACUGGAUCUGGUCAAGGAAGAACCGUCGUGUACUUUUACCUAGAAGCUCAUGAACACUAUGGGACAACUAGUCCUAGUG